UAACUUACAAGCAUCUCGGCGAGAGGAAAAAAAGCAGGACUUUCCCCCCGGCACUUAUCUGGAGGAAUAAAGCAGCCCCACAGUCGGUUCGCCAGUUCGUCUACUCGAAACUUUUACCGGCAUCUUCUCUUGGAGAGAAAAUCGCCCGUCAAGGCCUGUCUCCUCUAGAUUUCCCGACUUGGAUUAAGUUCUGUAUGGAAACAAAUGAUAUUUGAACCCGCAGAGAGGAGCGGAGAGAGAGGAGGUGGGUGUCGGGUACAAGCCUGUGUGUUUCUGUUCUUGUUCUUUUAUGCACGGAUCUCGGAUACAAGCCUGUUUGCUUCUGACAUAAGUGGGAAAACAUCCCUUUUUUUCUGCUGCCGCUGCGUGAUCUAAAUCUCAUUCAAGUUCCAUUAAGAUCUUAAAGGUUCAAUCCGGGGAAAAAUAGCAAGUUCUUGAGGCAACUUUGCAGUGGAUUAAAGGACACAGGCACAGAAAAGGACACUAGUAAUAUUAGUAAUCUUAAAAUUAUGGCGUUGAGAGCCAGAGUGUUGUACGACUUCCACUCUGAAAACCCAGGGGAGAUCUCCAUAACAGAGAAUGAGCUGGUGACUCUGUUCAGCGAGGAGGAGCUGGAGGGCUGGCUGGAGGGGGAGAACAGCAGGGGGGAGGCUGGCCUCUUCCCUGCCUCCUAUGUGGAAAUCAUCAGGGACAAAAUCACCUCCAACACUAACAACAACGGCUUCUCCUCACCCAAAACCAAAGCCUUGCCACCGACCCAGACUUCCUUCACAUCCUCUGAUUCCCCGUCUCAGAGAGGACUUGGGGCCGGUAGUGGUGGUAGUGGUGGAGGCAGCUUCCACACCAGUCAGGGCAGCGAUGACGACUGGGACGACGACUGGGAUGACAGCUCUCCUGCUACCGAUGCGCCUCAGGGUCUUGGUAGCUCGCCCCCUUUGUACCCGGUGACCACCUCCUUGCCUGCACGACGUGGGAACUCCCAACAGCAUCAGCAGCAGGCCAAGAGCUCGGCCACGGUGGGGAGGAACCUCAACAGGUUCUCCACCUUUGUCAAGUCCGGAGGGGAGGCCUUCCUGCUCGGGGAGGCCUCUGCUUUUGUGAAGGAUGGGGACAGGAUAUGUGUGGUGAUGGGGAAGCAUGGGCCAGAGUGGCAAGAGGAUCCAUACCCAUUUACAUGUACCAUUGAUGACCCCACCAAGCAGACCAAGUUCAAAGGCAUGAAGAGCUACAUGUCCUAUGGGCUGACUCCGACGCACACCAAUGUACAAGUCAACCGCAGGUAUAAACACUUCGACUGGCUGUACGCCCGGCUUGUGGAGCGUUUCCCGGUCAUCUCGGUUCCCCAUCUGCCAGAGAAGCAGGCCACUGGACGUUUCGAGGAAGACUUCAUCUCCAAGAGGAGGAAGGGUCUGAUCUGGUGGAUGAACCACAUGACCAGCCACCCUGUGUUGGCGCGUUGUGACGUUUUCCAGCAUUUCCUAACAUGCGGGGCAGAUGAGAAGGCCUGGAAACAGGGCAAGAGGAAGGCAGAGAGGGAUGAGCUGGUCGGGGCCAAUUUCUUCCUCACGAUCAGCACGCCUGCUGUCCCUCUGGACCUCCAGGAAGUCGAGAGCAAAAUCGAAGGUUUCAAAACCUUCACCAAGAAGAUGGACGAGAACAUCGUCGUCGUGAACACCUCCAUCAACGAGUUUGCCCGCAAACAGAUGUCAGGAUUCAAGAAGGAAUACCAGAAAGUGGGACAGUCUUUCAAACUCCUGGCUCAGGCAUUCGAGCUGGACCAGCAGGCCUACUCAGUGGGCCUGAACAAGGCCAUUUCCUACACUGGUGAGGCCUACGAGGCAAUAGGAGAGUAUUUUGCUGAGCAGCCACGCCAGGACCUGGAUCCCAUUUCUGACCUGCUGGACCUCUACAGAGGACACCUGGCCAAUUUUCCUGACAUCAUCCAUGUACAGAAAGGUGCGCUGACCAAGGUGAAAGAUUGUCCAAAGCAGGAAGGUGAGCUCCACGACCGAUGCAACAUUAUUUCCUGCGCCACGCUGGCGGAGAUCCAACACUUCCACCGCACACGUGUACGGGACUUCCGCUCCCAGAUGCAGCAUCACCUCCGUCAGCAGAUCAGCUUCUUCCAGAAGAUCACAGCCAAGCUGGAGGACGCUCUUCAGAGAUAUGAUGAUGAGCAGUAGGAAAAGAGGGAGAAGUUGCACUAGAAAAGGCCUCAAAGAAGCGGGGGUGGGAGAGAGGCCUGAAGAGGGAGGCAGACAGUGUUGUUUGAUGGGUUUGUCCUUUAGUAAUGAAGAACAUCUUAGACUUAUGUUGUCAAGGAUCCUGGGCCUGGUACGAGCGUUGGAAGAAAUAUACUACUCUGUAGAAAAAUAUAGGCCACUGGACUGUGGAAUGACAACUUCUUCUAUUAUCUGGACAGCUCUGAUGAAUGUACCAGUCACAGGGAUUUUGCUGACGCUAAGGCACGUCUUGCAACUCAGUGGGACUGCGCAGAUAUUAAAAACAGCUGCUCUCAAUAUGACGGGGCUGCCUCUCAUUUCCCGGUUAAAGGGUCAUGUGAUCUCUCCAUUCCUACCCUUCCUCAAUGCUUCAUGAAAACCCUCCAUCCAGGAACACGGUAACCCAACAGAAAUGUACGUAGAGAUGAAACUCCCUUAAAUCACUUAAACUGGAUCUUCUAAUGAUUGAAAGACUGGACUCAACAAAUUGAAUCUAUCUCUGUAUGUCAUUGUUUUUACUUGAAUUACCUGCUCAGUAUUGUUUUGAUGGGACUUUACAGUAUGCAAGUGACUGUUUGUGAAUAUGAAAAGAAGCAAAGUGGGCAUAUUCUACUCCACUAAUUCAGUUUAUUAGUUGGAUUUUUAUUACAGCUUGAAAUUUGAACUACUUCUGAUGUCUAAUAUCUGUCUGUGAAGAUUCUCAGUCGCCCAGGUCAUGGUUGUCCAAGACAAGUUGAAUCAAGGGCAACUGGACUUGGUUGUAGAUACUUGAAGAUGUUUCGGUUCUCGUAUAAGAGUCUUAAUUCUUCAGUUCUAACUGAGUGGUGGGGAGUCCCAGGUGUUACUUGGUUCGUUAGAGGUCCUGGCUGUUGUGAGGACAGUCGUUAGAGUUGUUGGAGUCACCUGAGGCCAACUGUGAAUGCUUGUUAAAACUCCUGGGGUGAAAGGACAGAAUCUAACAUCUUUCACACAACUUGGAUGCUGUCACAUCUUUACUACAUUACAGUUUGGACACCGAUGUUGUUCUCCAUUUUACUUUGUGCCUUGCCUGACCUCAAAGAAUAGUGGACUGAGUUCAGACUGGUUUUAUUUUUCUUAUUGACUGUCUGCUUAUUUUGAGAAGCAGCUCCAGAGGUCUUUUUUUUUUCUUUGGGAUGUUUUACUGAAACCAUCUGUCUUUCUGCUUUCCCUCAGUCUGGGGAGGUCAGAGGUCAGGCUCAGGGUAAAGACACUUCAGCGCUUUCAGGAAUGGAAGCUUUGAACCCAUGUUUUCCUGUUUAAAGCCACUCUGUGUUGACUUUCUAUGUGAUUAUAGCACAUUUCAAAUUCUUCUGAGGACAUUUGUUUGUAAUAAAAAUUAGACAAUCACGGUGAAAACAGUGUUUUGCUACUAGCCCAUUCAUGUCAGUGUUACCAAGGUGGACUGGCGGCAGAUAUUGUUCUAUAUUCUACCACCAUAAGUGUCCUUUUUUGAUAUGCCAAAGUCAUACAUUUUGUUGUCUACAUAUAGUGGCUUUAAGGUUACUCUAUAUACUAGCCUGCUACUUCAAAAUGUUCUUUUAAACCAAUCAAUGACCAAAUUAAGCUCACAGGACUGUGGGUCACCAGUUGAUGAUGGUAUUUGUGCUGUAAAAGGAUACCAGUGUUGUCUGUGGUUUGCAGAAUUUAUGCAGACAGAAACCUUUUCAGUGAAAGCUGAUAUUCUGAAUACUUUCAACAGAAAACAUUCUGUACUGAUUUAAUGAGCAUCAUUCACAGAGGAACUCCUUAAUAUAAUCAGCACAUCUGCUGAUUAUAUUAAGGAGUUCCUCAUAUUCUUCCGAAAGAAAUAGGAAGAAAAUUGAGCAUUGAUAACUAAAAUAAUCAACUGAAUGCAUUGUAAUGGUUUACACUGUAAAUGUUACAGUAUCUAGUGCUUUUUUUCUCUCUCACAGUAUUAUUUCUAGUGUUUCGCUUCCAUGUGUGACUUGACAUUUCUUUCCUGGAAAUUUACUUUAACCGAAUCACCAGCCUGCUUAUUUCCACACAGGCUUACUGUUGACUGUUUUCCUGAAAUAUAACUUAUAGUCUCAUUUGACUGUUUUGUGUCUUUCAUUUUGUCUUUUGAUGAAUAGUAAUAUUUUACUUAUAUUCAAGGAUAUUCUUUAUUUUUUCUUUUUUUUGCUGUCACAUGUAAAUGCCAUAAACACUGUUAACCAAAAUCAGAGAAAAGCCACUAUCCUGAUCUGCUGCUUUUUCUGCUACUAAAACAAACCCACAACAUCACAACAACCCCACAAGCUACUAAUAAUGUUUCUAACUUCUGUUUUUUGUUAAUUGUUAUGCUGAAUAAUUAAUUAAUUGUGCAAGAAUAAAUCACAAACUUCAAACACAAUGAUGCAUUUAAAAGGUUGUUAUUAUGUUAGACAAUAAAACUCAAAAUGUAACAUCAUAAAGAGCAUGACAGUACCAAAUGAAUGACUUUCCCCCUGCAGUGACAUUCUGAUAAAGUUUAAGCUCUAGUGUCGAUAUCUGUCUGCAGUGAAGAAGAGCCUAACAUGUUUUAUUCACAUAAGAAUGUCAGGUCAUUUUGUAAAAUCACUUUCUCCCUUUGUUGCUAAAAAGCCAUUCCUCCAUCCUUUGUGUAUCUAUGUACAAAUUAUUCCAGAAAUAUGACAUAUUUAUAGUGAAGUUCAGCCAGUAUAAAAAAAAAUAUUUUGUAUUCUGUGUGUUGACAGUUUUCCCAAAGAGAAGCGUGUUAUCACUUGUUUUUCCUGUGGAGGCAGCAGUGGUCCAGUCCCUGAUAUCGGACACCAGAGUUCACAGACUGCAGGUCAGGUUACUGUAGCUGCAGGCCCUCCAUUAUUUAGUCUUGCCUCUUUCUCCUCUGCUCUUUGUUUGCUUUUUUCCCCUUCACUGUGUUUCAGUAACCAUUUCAAUAGAUUAUCAUUUUCAAUUAACCAAUUAUUUUUAUUCUACAUUCCAAAAACUGGGUUUUUAAAAGAUAGUCUUUCCACUUCUUGGGAAAAAAAACAAACAAAAAAAACUCUUCUGCUAUUGUUGUCUCCAAGCACUGUACUUAGGGCAUUAAGUAGUAGUAGUACCUCUUGGUCAGGCUGGUCAUUCGGGUAAUUUGUCAACAUCUCUGUUGAUUGUUCACUGCAUGUUUGUGUUUGAGCUGAACACACAAAUGUCUUUAAGAAAUAUCUUUUAUUAAAAAAUAAAAAUUUUCACAGUGCAUGGCAAACAGAUAAAAAGGGUCGAAAGUGACAAAGGUGUUUAAGUCGAUCCAGAACAGAGAAAGUUACCUAUGUCUUUACAUCUCACUAUAAAUUGUUAAUACUGUGUAGACUAUCAGAAACAAUUACAUGAGAGCUUGCAGCCUUGAGCUGUAACAGAAUCAGAUAAAAGAAACAGAAAAAAGUGCAGAAUAAUGAAUGACACCUGUGCAUGAGUAAAUGUUAUAAAAGAUAGUUUAGAAUAGCUUUGAAGCUUAGAAGUACCUUUAGUCACAUGUACAAACAACACUAUGAUCUACUAGCUGACUUACAGAGGUUUGAAAAAGUAACACAACUCUUUACAGUUAAAAGUCACAAUAUUGUAUGGGAUGUCAGCUACACCAGUUACACUACUAAUUCACAUUUGAGCCAACUCAAAGUGCAAUA